CGCCGGCUCCAGGCGCGUAUGUAAGAUGUUCCGAUUUCAUGUGCGUUUAGUUACGGUGUAAUUAUAACUGAAUUGUGUUGUGACUCAGUGCUGUGUUGACGUUUUGGACUGUGUGAUUGCGUGCAUUCAGAUCAUCAAAGCAUGGAAUCUGACAUCACGAACUAAGCAGCAAGAUGCUCGCAUGCACCGAUAUUCCUCAGCAGUGAAAAGGAAUCUCAAAACUAUGGUGUAAGAUGACGACGCGUGAGGUUGAGUUGACGGGCGGAGCGCCUUGGGGCUUUCGCAUGCAUGGUGGCGUCGAUCAGAAUCAGCCUUUGAAGAUAUCUCGGAGUUUAAGCGAUACUCCACGCCGCACUUUUGAUGUGAACCCAGGUCGGAAGGCAUCGCUGUGCGGCGUACGGGAAGGAGAUGUGAUCUCAUCCAUCAACGGUCGCGCUACUCGUGGCAUGAGCAACGCCGAUGCGCACGCUAUGCUGCGCGGAGCGGGGCCAGUGUUGCGACUCGGGCUUAACGAGGACCGAGAGAUGUCACCUCGACGAAGAUCAAUAAGCAAAGGCAGCGAGUUGAAAAGGCCUUCACAGUUGUUAGCGUCAACAGAAGAAGCCACGCUGCAAGAGCCAGUGUACGCCACCAUCAAGCCUCCGAUCACUCAAGCCUGGUCCCCGUCGUCGCCCCUGCGCUCCUCACUAAACUCAUUACCCGCUCUCAACUCCACCCCUCUGGUCAAGUCCGCCGCGCCCGUCGAACAGCCUCUCAAGUUCCAUCCGACCAACCCCUUUUAUACAACAUUGCCCUCGAACUACACAAGUGCUUCCAAACUACCCAUAUCGAAUGGGAAAACGUCGAUAUCUACUUUAGAUAGAAAUAAAACUAAACCAAUAACCAUAGUCCAGAUUUAAAAUCCCCAUCAUACUUUACCGCGAGCGAUUUUGGAUCCAGUAGCCACAUAAAUUCCUCAAAUUUUAGUGAUAAAAUAAAUGGGUUUGGAUUUAAUGCUAACUCUACUGCCAAAAGUUAUAUUUCUUAUGAUAACGUUAAUAGAGACAAACCAAGUCUUCCAAAUGAAAGUGAAAUGAAAAAUCCAUUUAGAUCUAACCGAAUAAAUAGUGACCCGUUUGAGAAAUACUUAAAUCCAGAGCACAAAUUUAAUGGAACAUUUGAAAGUGAAACUAAAAAUAUGACGAAUUCCAUGAGCGAUAAUAGUUUUCAUAAGUCGAAGGAAAUCACGGAGCGUUCGACGAUCACUGAGCAUAAGAUAAGUGAAAUAGAGGAAGUGAAAACUAUUAAAAAGAUUGUUCUGAAUGGAUC